CCGCCUGCCAGUUAGAGUCUAAUCGACCAAUUGCUAAUCAUGACAUCGUCCGGGCAACAGCUGUGCGCGCUUCUACUGCUGCUAUUCACCUGCGGCAGCGUCUAUGGUGCACCUCCAAUGGGUCGAGUGGUCAACGGGACGGAUGCCGCAGUAGAGAACUAUCCGUUCGUGAUCUCGUUGCGCGGUCCAAGCGGUUCCCAUUCCUGCGGUGGCUCGAUUAUAUCCAAUCAGUUUGUGUUGACAGCGGCUCACUGCACGGCCGGACGUCAGGCGUCGGAGCUCUCCGUGCAGUACGGAGUGACGAAAAUCGCAGCCAACGGACCCAACGUGGUGGGCGUCAAGCGCAUCAUUCAGCACGAGCUCUACAAUCCAUACAACAACUAUGCUAACGAUAUAGCUCUGCUCCAGGUGCAGGUGCCCUUCAAGUUUGACAAGAACGUGGCACCUGUCCGGCUGCCAGCGCUACACUUUGUCACGCCCCAGGGGAACGAGGGCGGAGACGGCACACUAAUUGGCUGGGGUCUAAAUGAAACUGGCGGCUCUAUUCAGACCACACUGCAGCAGGUACACCUGAAGGUCUAUUCGGAUACGGAGUGUGUCGCCCGCCAUGGUGGCUCCACAGACCCCGCAUAUCAUAUCUGCGGGGGCGUCGACGAGGGCGGCAAGGGUCAGUGCAGCGGCGACUCGGGCGGUCCGCUGCUCCACGACGGUCAGCAGGUGGGCGUCGUGUCCUGGAGCAUCAAGCCCUGCACCGUGGCGCCCUAUCCCGGCGUCUACACCAAGGUGGCCAACUAUGUCGACUGGAUCCAGAAGCAACAAAUCAUAUUGGCUUAGGCGCCUAGUCAAAGUACAUCAAUUAGCCACCGUAUUUAUGGCAGAUCGUAUAAUAAAUGUGGCUAUCGCAUCGCCUUCGAUCGAUUGGACCAUAAAUCAUUGUUGUGGACUCAAAUUCUUCGAAAUCAUUUUAUUUGCACUGAGAAAUAAAACACCUUCUGUUCCACGUA